CUCUACAAAGAAAAGCUUGACCCGUUGACAUACACUUGUUUACUUUACUUCGUCGUUAUCUGCUGCAACCUGUUUACUUCUUCGUUAUCCCUUUGAAGGAGAGAAGGGCAAGUGACAAACAUAAGGGCCUUUUUUUAUCUCCACUGAUGCGGCCGCACCUCAACUUGUUCUGGUUCCCUAUCGUGAUUCACAAGACGACGCACGCAGCGGCGAACGCCUCGAUCGCCAUGGACGUCGAAGGUCGGGACAAUGGCGCCGCCGCCUCGGCUGAUCCACCUCCCGCCACCAUGAGCAAAUCCUUGAAGCGCGCACUCGUCGCCCUCAACUGCGUCCUCAUGGCGCUCGGCAACACCGGCGGGCCCCUCAUCUCCCGCCUCUACUUCCGCGGAGGCGGUCACCGGCAGUGGCUCGCUAGCUGGCUGGAGACCGGUGGGUGGCCCCUUCUUCUCCUCCCCCUCAUCUUCUCUUACCGCUACCGCAGCCGCCGCUCUCCGACGAAGCCCAAGUUGUUCUUCCUCACGCCGCGCAUCUUCCUCGCCUCCGCCGUCCUCGGCCUCCUCACCGGCCUCGACGACUUCCUCUACGCCUACGGCCUCGCCUUCCUCCCAGUCUCCACCUCCGCCCUCCUUAUCUCGACCCAGCUCGCCUUCACUGCCUUCUUCGCCUUCCUCAUCGUGCGCCAGCGCUUCACCGCCUACUCCAUCAACGCGGUGGCGCUGCUCACGGUGGGCGCCGUCAUGCUGGGACUCCACGCUAGCUCCGACCGUCCCGCCGGUGUGAGCCAAGCCGGGUACUACCGCGGGUUCGUGCUCACCCUGGGGGCGGCGGCACUCUACGGCCUCGUCCUCCCGCUGGUGGAGCUCGUCUACGCCAAGGCGGAACAGACCAUCACCUACACCCUCGUCAUGGAGAUGCAGCUCGUCAUUAGUUUCUUCGCCACCGCCUUCUGCACCGUCGGCAUGAUCGUCAACAACGAUUUCCAGGCAAUUCCGAGAGAAGCGAGGCACUUCGAUCUCGGCGAGGUGAGAUACUACGUGGUCCUGGUCUGGUCCGCCAUCUUCUGGCAGUUCUUCUUCCUCGGCACCGUCGGAGUCAUCUUCUGCGUCAACACGCUCCUCGCCGGAAUCCUCAUCGCCGUCUUCAUUCCCAUCACCGAGGUGCUCGCCGCCAUCUUCUACCACGAGAAGUUCACGAGCCAGAAGGUGGUCGCCCUCUUGCUCUCCCUCUGGGGCCUGGCUUCUUAUUCUUACGGAGAAUACACGGAACAGAAGGAGAAGAAGAGCAAGAAGAAACAAAACUCCAUCACUGUUAGUGAUCAAGCUCCAUGAUCGAUGCUAACUAGAUUGUUCUGUGUUGUGCGCUUAAUAAAAAUGUUUUUCUAUCCAUGAAAA